UAAGGAGGUGAUUCCACCAGGCCAAAUUAUAGGUUAGAUCUGUGGAAAGGCAACCCUACUCACAGUAGGAAUGCCUGUAAAUACACCUCAGUGAGACAAGCAGAUGACAGACUCUCUACAAGAAAGGCUACACAGUGUACUUUUUAAAAUACAAGACUUUAGCAAACAAACUUGCACCUUGUCUCACCCUGGAUCCCACAUGUGCAGGUUAUCAGAUUCACGGCCUGUCUGUAGAUUUCAACAGUUUGACGUUUUAAAUAUUUAGCAUGAGAUUGAAACUAAUAGGUUGGACUUUAUAUAACAUCCCGCCCUGAAAAUAAACAUUGCUCUGAUACAGAUUUUCCUAGCAGUUCGUUCAUCAGCACUGUGUGAAGGCGCUAAUCGACUCCACCAUGUCAUGCUUUAAUGCACAGGUCCUUGACAGUGGAAAAUUACACCUUGUUCCAAUGCUAAAUUUGGCUUUACUUUGUACCAUUACCACUAUUACAGCUCUUGACCUGUUAACUAUUUCCACCGAGUCUUGUUUAUGCAUUAAUUAACAAAAUAGAAAAAUUGUGUCACUUGAAACUGUGUCAAAAGGAUGGUAGCGCCCUAAUUAAUGGUCAUUCUAGCCCCAGCUUUGAGUUACACCGGAGCAGCCUGUGACAGAGCCAUAUCCCUGUACCAAGAAUGUCACCUGCACUGUAGCCUCAGCCAUGCAACCAUACGCCUGCGCACGGAAAAGGAUUUAUCAAAACAAUGGAUACUUGGAUAAUUUAACAUUUUGAGAUUUUGUAAUUCUAGACAAUGGUUCUUUGUUCAUAGAUUGUUCAUUGUUGUGCGGACAGCCUGUGGAAGGAUGGCCUCGUCGAAUGGAAAGGAUGCAAAAGUUUCCAAAUUUGAGACGCUUAAACUUUUGGAAAAGUGCAGAAAGGAGAGGGAUGACGCUUUGCACAGAGAGAGUGUUUUGAGAGAGAAGCUGAGGCAGUAUGAAUCCAGGAUGCGCUCCACAGAGGCACUAAAGCAAAAACUCAAGACCUUGACCAUGGACAACAAGGAGCUGAGGAAACAAGUGAAGACCCUCCGGACUGAGAUCGGACUAGAGGCCAGUCCCAAGUUCAAUGGCAAGACAACCAAGGAUAUCAUCUCCGACCUGCAUGAGAAGGAGCGGGAGUGUGUGUCUCUGGUGGAAAAGACAGGUAAACUCAGUCUAACCAUCGAUGAUCUGACGUCAGAGCUGGCCAACACAGUCACGUCCAAAACACUGCUGGAGGACCAGGUUCAGAGCCUCCAGCAGAACCUCAAAGACAUGACCAACAACCAGCGGCGUCUGCUGAAGCUCUGGGAGGACAAGAAGGUCCAGAGGGAACAGCUCGCACUGCCAGCGAUUAACCACAAACCUGGACAGAAACAGUUCACUCACAGGCACGUUCAGACUGAAAUGUCCAUCGGAUUAUCGCAGAAACUGCCUGCCAACGCCUUUGAAACCAAGCCAUUCACUCGAGACAAUGACAAGAAGACUGUUCUGGACAAACACAGUUUUCCCAGUUAUGGAAAUGGUUACCACCAUGAUAAAGGGAUACAUAACUGACCACUACACUGACUGGCAUUUCUAAUACUUUAUACCCGUGUAUAUAAAUAGGAAAGGGGGAACGCUUUGAUAGAAAGGCCUGUUUUAUGGCAUGUGAUGCUUCUUCAAAUGAAAUUAAAUAAUUUGGCAAAGUUUUUUGUCUUACAAACUAUAUAUCCAAGGCUUUAAUCAUUAUAUAUGAC